UUGACUUGUCCCAGCUAUCUUCUUGAUCGCCAUCAUGUCUUUUUCACAUUACUUAUUAAACAUUUCUAUCCACCUGUUGAGUUCUCAGCUCAAUUCACAUAAAUUACUUGUAUUCUCAUGACUUCCAAGAUUCACAGCAAGCCUGCCGACAAUAAUAAUUUACCAUCGAUCACGCUUGCCUUUACGGAUGUUGAGGAAGGGGAGGAUGUUUCUAGUCUUGGUUUCGAGAAAGGGAGUUGUAGAAAGAAGGAAUCGGUGUUUUUAAAUGCUGCCUAUGGUAAUGUGGUGCCUCCGCGGUGUCAGGUGGAGAGUUGCUGUGUUGAUCUGUCGGAUGAGAAGUAUUAUCGCCGUCACAAAGUGUGUCAACUUCAUGCUAAGGCUCUUGUUGUUGGUCUUGCAGGAAAGCAGCAGCGGUUUUGUCAGCAAUGUAGCAGGUUUCACGAAUUGACGGAGUUUGACAAUGCAAAGAGGAGCUGUCGCAGACGCUUGGCAGGACAUAAUGAGCGACGUCGCAAAUGUUCAUCUGAAUCUCACAAAGAAGGGUCAAAUUCUCAGUUGAAGGAUGGACAUAGACAGGCUGAUGAAAGAGGAUCCGCUCUGUUAGAAAAACCAUCUUCUGAAAAAUAUCUUCGCAUAUGUUGACAGGAACACAUGCUUGCUCUCUUCUGUCACCCCAUGACAUAGCAUUCGGUUUCACUGUCAUAUUAGUUUUAUCAUCAGAUGAAUAGCGGGUUAGUUGAGCUUUUGUGUAUCUUGCAGCGUAUGUGCUUGUGGCAUUUAAGCUCUCUUCUUAACAAUAUUGCUACUAGUAAAAUGUAAGCUCUAUUCGGUUGGUAACUCGAUUAUAAUUUUCACCAACA